UAGGUAGAGGCAUUGUUUAAAUAAAGUAUUUAAACAAUGGUAUUAUCUAGAUCAUUGGUCUAGGUUUACGACCGUAGCUUAUACGCGCUAUAAAAUCUUGCAGUAUAAUUAUGUCAUCCCUUAUAUUGUGACAGUCAUUUUGCGGCAUUAUGUCACAUCAAAAUUCAAGUUUUAUUAAAUCAGAAACAGCAAAUGAGUAAGAACUACAUUUGAUAUUACACACUUAAAUGGGUUUAUUGUCGUUGAGUUAAUGUUCGAGAAGCCAAAACUGCUUUCAUGUCUAGUGAAGCGGAAGACACGGAGACGUUUAAUGAAGAGGAAACACAAGUGACGACGUCAUUCGGUAAAUCUCAAGCUCAACAAACGCCUGUUUGGUGGAUCUUACACUACAAAUGUCCACUUAUUGAAUUAGUAAGGCAGCAGAUUAGAUCAGUUGGAGAUUACGAACUUCCACCCUUGGAUACCGACACGACCAGACCUAACGUGCAAGAAACCUCUGGAGAACAUACGAGCACGACUUCCGCCACUCAUCCUGCUCAAAUACUAGCAUUCGUUUUGUUGCUGAUUUCAACUGCGAUUACAUUUAUUUACGGUGCAUUUAAAGGAGCCGAAAUAUGUUCGGGUGCACCGGGCAAAUGUAAUAUCUGCUAUAGUGUAGAUUCAGAUAUAUUUAAAAUUCCCGGCUUAAUGACAUUCCAUAAAUCCAAAAGUCCCUUUUAGGUAAUCAAUAAAUACGUGUAUCUUCAUCUA